AUGUCGGUCCGCAUUCAGUUUGAUCAGCCCGAACAAAGUUGCUAUACCAAUCUCGACUUCGUCUCGGGCAACGUUAUCCUUAUCCUCCCGCAAGAUGCGACCAUCGCUGCGGUCACCGUCAAGCUCGAAGGCGAGAGCAAGACGCGACUCGCCGCCCCAAAGUUUCCUGACAAUGAACGCUCAGAUAAAAAGAGGAGUGAGCUAGAGGUACACAAGCUUCUGUACAAGGUCGUUACCGUGUUUCCAGCACCUGAGCUUUUGGAGAAUAGUAGCGGCUCGGCGUUCACGCUGCUGGCUGGCCAAUAUCUCUAUCCUUUCAAAUUCAAGUUCCCGUUCAAUAAUGAUUGUCAGAAGAACCCCAGUACCUUUAAAGACCUGAAGCUCGGCCAUGUGAAUGUGCAGUUCGCGCCGGAGACGUUGAAGCAUGUGAAGAAGACUCUGCCGCCGUCACUGAGCGGAUUUCCAGGGGAGGCGGAAAUAAGAUACUAUGUCAAGGCAACUAUUGUCCGGCCAAAGUUCUUCCAGGAGAACAUCAGAACAAUAGCCGAUAUCAAGUUCUUACCUAUUGAGCCCCCGCGGCCGCCAACCCGUCACGAGGAGACCUUUGCACGGCGGAAAAGACAAUUCCAAAGAUACCCUGCCGAGCCACAGAAGAAAGCACUCUUCGGCAGGAAGUCAUCGACACCAUUAUCCGCUGAGGACGAGCCGCCUGCUUUCCAAGUUGACGCACGCCUUCCGAGUCCCGCCAUCAUUACAUGUAAUGAGCCUCUGCCAAUGCGGAUCCUGGUAGAAAAGCUCAACGACAGUGCGGCAACUGCCUACCUCAAAAUGCUCCAGAUCGAGCUUAUAGGAUACACUCAAGUGCGAGCUCACGACUUAGACAGGACUGAAACAUUGACUUGGGUUCUCAUGUCCCAGGCCAACAUGAACAUGCCUCUUGGAAACCCGACAGACAAAGGCUGCAAGCAGUGGAAACUGCCGUCUCGGCUGUGGGAUGACAUCCCCAUCCCAAACACCGUUUGCCCUUCCUUUGAUACCUGCAACAUCUCUCGGCGGUAUGAGCUGGAAAUUCGUGUCGGGCUCGCACAUGGCAUGGCCGGCGGCGUCCGACCAGAACUCAUCGUCCUGCCGUUGCGCUUGCCGGUGUUGGUGUACUCUGGAAUUGCUCCGCCGCCGAAGCUUCUGGAAGCAAUGGCGAGCAGCCCGCGUCCCCAACCCCAACCUGCGCCGUCAGGUUUGUUUACACCGCAAAGGCCGUCGGCGGCGAACGGGUUACCUUCUCCAUCCGACACACCCCUGGACACACCAUUGGAGACACCAUCGACACCAAUCUCCGAAAUAAAUUCUUAUCCGGCGCAAAUUGGUUCUUACCACCCUGCGCAGGAGUCCGAUAUCCCCGAUGUCGCCCCUCCGUCGUAUGAGGACGCCAUGGCUGAGGAUAUAGCACCUGUGGAUGGUCCACGUCGAGAUUAUCAAGUCCCAUCAGAGCCCGAAGUUCAACGGCCAGGCUUCAAUCCUGAUUCAAAAGGGAGUGGACUUGGUAGGAGAGUUAGCGAACGGCUGUUUCCGAGCAGUGCAACGUCGACCCCUACGAGGACAGUAUCGAUGGCGAGCAGCAUGCAGGGCCUGACUAUCGCUGAGGAUGAUAAUCCAGGCUCUCCGAGCUCUCCAAGCUCUCCGCCAACAGAAAACCUGGGAAAGAUGGCGAGCUGGAGGAGGAGCUUUAGUGGGAAGAAGGAAUAG